CUAUCUAUCUAUCUAUCUAUCUAUUCAUCUAUCUAUCUAUCUAUUGAGAGGAAAGUAAAAUCAGAGCGCACCACGGUUGUUCUUCCAUCUCUUGGUAAAGAAAAGACAGCGUGUGACUCACCGCUCAACACAUUACAACCACCAACGCCUCCAGGCCUCCAGUAUUGAGGGAAAGCGGUUAAACGUUUCUCUUGUGGCUCGGUGUCGUUCACCUCGUGUGUUACUCCCACGUCACUGUUCAGGCCACCAACCAACCGGCUGAGCUCUUCCCACGCUCCCUUGUCCUGUCUGGGCUUGUCCCGGAGUGGAGCUCUGCUGCCUGAGACUCUGACGGUCCGGUCAGUGCGUCUCGACAAGAAGCACUCGUCCUCCAGCUUCUGGAAGCUACAACAGGCAACUAUUCUGAAGACAUGUUUUAUUAAGUUGAGAUUUACUUGAAUACCGCUGUUUCUGGAUUAACCCUUUCAGUAUGUCUAGGCUUUAACACCAAGCAAGCCAUGGGCCAGCAAUCAGCAGCGGGAGCCGUUGUGUUUCUCCUCGGCCUGUUUGGGAUCUGUGCAGGAUUUGAACAAGAGAACUGUACCAACUACAACCUCCAGUUCGAGCGGGUCUUCUCUGUUCCCGGGGACACGGCGAUGCUGAAUAGCACCUUGGUGUCUCCGGACGUCUUCAACUUGACAGCCGUCCCUUACAACAUCACCUGGUACGACUCCAAGACGGGCCGAGAGAUGGGCAACCAGAGCGAGCGGAUCCUGGUGAACGGGGAGACGCUGUGGUUCCUUAAGUUACAGAUGGACGACUCUGGAGAAUAUGUGAGCGUCCUGAGAACUCCGUCUCGGUGCUACCGGCAGGCCACCAAGCUGGUGGUGGAGCUGCCGGUUCCUGGAGAGUGCGGACGGCCGAGGAAAGCUAUUCAAUCACUGACCAACAUGGUCACCGACAUGCUGAGCUGCCCUCUGAAGGACUACAUCGCUACACUGGACGGCUACAACAUCACCUCCCACCUCACGUGGUACAGAGGAUGUGAACCCAUCGUGGACGGAAAGGGCCGGUACACCUACUUAGAUUCAGGCAAACUGAAGAUCGACGGGGUGGAGCGUAACAACAACUCCUCCUACACCUGCACGCUCACCUUCACUCUCGGCGGCGUGACGGGAUCCGUGUCAGAGACCAUUGAGGCGUGGGUCUCAGAUAAGUACUCUUUGACUCCACAAGUCCACGAACCGGCCAAUGACAUAAUCAAGGCACCGAUGGGGUCCAGUUUCAUCAAGCGGUGCCGGGUGUUUGUGCCGUGUGUCGGGAGGCCGGAUGUUUAUGUCGUUUGGAUGGAAGACCCCUAUUCAUACAUUCUCAAUACCGAACCCGACCGUAUCUACACCUCCAAACCACGUUCGUGGAAACAGGAUGGUCCCAUUAAAGGUGUCUGGACAGAGCGGAUGCUGAUAUUCUCUGAGCUGACGACGGAGGAUUUUGGAAAAAACUUCACCUGUAUGGCACUGAGCUCCAGGGGCCCUAGCACCGGCUAUUUCAGUCUGCUACCUGCAGAUCCCAACAUCAUACUCCCCAUUGGAUCGGUGCUCGGUGGCGUGAUGGUUCUCUUCGUCGUCAGCGUCAUCGUCUACUACAUCUUUAAGGUCGACAUCGUGCUGUGGUUCAGGAGAGGCUUUCCAGUCCUCUACAAAAACACAGAUUUGGAUGGAAAGUCGUAUGACGCCUAUGUGGUGUACCCACAGUCCUGUGCCGUCGGAUUCAGUAAGGAAGUGGAGGAGUUUGCCCUCCACACACUUCCCCAAGUGUUGGAGAAGGCCUGCGCGUACAAACUCUUCAUACCGGGCCGUGACUGCAUGCCUGGGACGGCCAUCGUGGACUCGGUAGAGGAGAACGUACAAGCCAGUCGCCGCCUCCUCCUGCUCUACAACGCCUCCACUUUCCUCAGCAAAAGACACACAAGCAGCAUAAGCAACAACAACAACAUCAUCUCCAAGAGCAGCGGCGGAGACGACGGUGAAAGCAGCACGAGUUUUGACGGCAGUGAAGAAGUCUAUCCGGACACCAGACAGCAGCUGGAGUGUGUGACGGCGAUGCACAGAGCGCUGGUGGAGGGAUCUCUCAAGGUGAUUCUGGUGGAGCUGGAACAGAUCUCCCCGGCUCAGCUGGCUCUCUUCCCAGAGUCCGUGCGUCACCUGAGGAAGAAGCAAGGCGCCGUGUGUUGGUGGAAGAGCUUAAAGAGUUCGAGGACGAGAGAGGACAAAGAGAAAGGAGGACAGGACCUCUCCACCUCCUCCAGGUUCUGGAAGGAGAUGAGGUAUCGUAUGCCCGUGAGGGGCAAGAGGGCGGCCGAGAAAACCGCCCUGCUGAACUUCUGACGAGGUUCUGGACCGGAGAGAGAAGCCGGUUUCUAAAUGUGUCACUGACAAUUCAGAAAUACUGGUACUGGCGAGUCGAUCUCCAUCGACGUCUAUGUUCAACCUUUACAGAAGGAAUGUUUACAGCCUGCUACAAAAAAAUGUUUUGGUCUCUAUAGCUAAUAUCCCCGUUUAUGACAACUGCAACAGGUUGGAGUCAACCCGUUUAAAUUAUAUGAAGUUGCUUAAAGUUGGGUUUAAUUGAGGGUGUGGCCUCUUUGAGUGACAGGUGGGCGUCGGCACAGGUCGCUAGCUGUCUGCUCCGCCGCCUCAGCUCCAGAGACGAUCCACCUCUUUGACCAAUUUUUGAGUUGGAAGGUGUCGUCAAUGCCAAGAUGGAGACAACCGGAGACACUUUGAGCCUCACAGCGGCUCUUCAGAAACCUCUGGCUCAACGUCUAUGAUCGUCACCAGAAGCUGUCAGGUACACGCUCAACAAGGUGCAUUAAAAGGUUCUCUCAAUGCAAAUGUCACCUCAACGGGGAGCAAAAUUAGAAGCUAAAGAAAGAGUCUAAUUGUGCAACUUUUGCACCAUGUGCAUCAUAUGCUAAUGAGGGAUUAGGGUCACAUCUGAUGUUUACCUGCAUCACAAUAAGAAGUGUUGACAUAAAGGUGGAGACUGAAGAAUAAUGUGGACAAAGAAAGACGGAUCGAACCACACGAGUGACUGUACUUAAUGUACAUAUGUAUGAUGAAACGUGUAAAUAUGUGUAACAUAAAGAAAACAGAGAAUCGUGAGAGGUCAAGCAGCAAACUGUGAACUCUAUAUUAGAUUACUGCCAUUUAUUUACAGUUAUUGAACCACAGAUCGUAAAAAAGAGCAAACAGCCAAGGGAGGCAAAUGUUUAUCAAAAAUGCAUUUAUUUAUAUACAUUUUUAUCUCAUGCAACAAGGCAAUGCAAAGUGUUAAAAUGUUCUUAGCAGAAUGCUAAAGCUUCCAAAUGAUUGUAAAUGACUGUGGACUGUGAUGCGCUUUACUAUUCUGUCAAUAAAAUGGAAAAAGUUCAAAAAUAAACAGAUGUGGAACUCUUCUUUAAUGUCUAAGUUGUGUCUUUCCUCUCAUUAUGAUUUUAAUAACUUCUUCCUCUUUCUUUAUCUUUACAUGUGGCCCAAUUGGAUCCAGUUAAUUUCUAAACAACAUAGAAAUUAUCUUCCAAAGACUUAAAUCUUUUAAUAUUUCUUUAUCCGAGUUACAUAAUGUCAUGUAGUAACACAGCGGCUAACAGGGACGUCACUGAGAGCUGGUCCUGGUGGGGCCUUUAGAGAUACUACGACAGUCAAACUAAGGUUCUAUACUAAAGCUAGCUGCUGCCACAUAUUACAAAACUAAACAA